GGAAAAGCAAAAGCAAUAGAAAUAAAAUAAGAAAUACUUGUAUUACACUAUACAAUAAUAUUAUAAUUUAAUUCCUAGAGAGAGAAAGCGAGCGAUUGGUAGAGAGAAAGUGAGGGAUUUUUAGAGAGAGAGACACACAGAGAUUGGUAUUUUUUCUCACUUUGAUGUGCUUGUUCGUCCUUUUGAGAUUUUCUGUGUCCCGUUUUUCAUUUCCUUGAGGUUCUUCACAGAGAGAGAGAGAGAGAGAAAGAGAUAAAGAGAGAAAAGCCUCGAUAACUUUCUCUUUGCUUCGAACUUUCUUUGAAAAUUUGCGUGGUUUUUUCUCGGACUGAAGAAUCGAGGAUCUGAGCUAGGGUUUUUUUCUUUUGUCUGUGAAUUCUUCGAGUUGCGAGAAUCGUUGACGGCAACGGGGAUUUUGAUUCCAAAAGUGGAUCAAAAUGUUGAUUAGAAAUGCGAAUUCGGGAUAAUUGUUGCUCCGAUCUUGAACGUAGGGCUCGAAUCGAGGGAUUGAAGCAAUGGAUGUGGACUCGUCGUCGAUGGUGCCGGAGACCGAUCACGAUCCCGCGGUGCAGAACCACAAUACGCCGUCAUCUCCGGCUGCAAUGGAGAGAGAACAACUAGGCGAGUCGUCGCCGGCUCAGACUCCGGCUCAACAACCUCCGCCACAACCACUACAGCAGCAGCAGCAACAGCAACCGCAAUCUCCACCGCCGGCGCAGCAGAGCCCGGUGGUUGGACCGAGGCACGCGCCGACUUAUUCGGUGGUAAAUGCGGUCAUAGAGAAGAAGGAAGACGGUCCGGGACCGAGGUGCGGUCACACGCUCACGGCAGUGGCUGCGGUCGGCGAGGAAGGCGCGCCUGGGUACAUUGGACCAAGGCUGAUUUUGUUCGGCGGUGCCACCGCGCUCGAGGGCAAUUCUGCCGCCACUGGAACUCCUUCGUCAGCCGGAAGCGCUGGAAUCCGACUAGCAGGUGCUACAGCUGAUGUGCACUGUUAUGAUGUAUUAACAAAUAAAUGGUCUAGGAUCACUCCAUUUGGAGAGCCGCCUACACCAAGGGCUGCCCAUGUGGCCACUGCUGUGGGAACUAUGGUAGUUAUUCAGGGUGGAAUUGGUCCAGCUGGUUUGUCUGCUGAGGAUCUUCAUGUUCUUGACCUGACACAGCAACGACCCCGAUGGCAUAGAGUUGUUGUUCAAGGCCCUGGACCAGGGCCACGUUAUGGACAUGUGAUGGCUUUGGUGGGGCAAAGGUAUCUCAUGGCAAUUGGUGGGAAUGAUGGCAAGCGGCCUUUGGCUGAUGUAUGGGCACUGGACACAGCUGCCAAGCCAUAUGAAUGGCGAAAGUUGGAACCAGAAGGAGAGGGUCCUCCUCCUUGCAUGUAUGCAACUGCAAGUGCACGCUCUGAUGGUCUUCUUCUGCUUUGUGGAGGAAGGGAUGCAAACAGUGUGCCACUAGCAAGUGCAUAUGGACUUGCUAAACAUAGGGAUGGCCGAUGGGAGUGGGCAAUUGCCCCGGGUGUCUCACCAUCUCCAAGAUAUCAACAUGCAGCAGUCUUUGUUAAUGCAAGGCUUCAUGUGUCUGGAGGUGCACUUGGUGGGGGACGCAUGGUGGAAGACUCAUCAAGUGUUGCAGUGUUGGAUACUGCAGCAGGUGUGUGGUGUGAUACAAAAUCUGUUGUUACUAGUCCUAGGACAGGACGAUACAGUGCUGAUGCAGCUGGUGGAGACGCUGCAGUUGAAUUGACAAGGCGUUGCAGGCAUGCAGCUGCUGCAGUUGGUGACUUAAUAUUUAUUUAUGGUGGUUUACGUGGUGGGGUGUUGCUUGAUGACCUACUUGUUGCUGAAGAUCUGGCUGCUGCUGAAACAACAAGUGCUGCUUCACAUGCUGCAGCUGCGGCUGCUGCAGCUAAUGUUCAAGCAGGGCGGUUACCUGGAAGGUUCAUUGAUGAAAGGACAAGGCAAACAAUGCCUGAAGCAGCUCCUGAUGGUUCAGUUGUGUUGGGGAAUCCAGUUGCCCCUCCUAUAAAUGGUGACAUGUAUACUGAUAUAAGCACAGAAAAUGCCAUGGGAUCGAGGAGAAUAAGCAAAGGUGUUGAGUAUUUGGUUGAAGCAUCAGCAGCAGAAGCAGAGGCUAUCAGUGCUACAUUGGCCGCUGCCAAGGCACGGCAAGUUAAUGGAGAGGUUGAACUGCCUGACAGAGAUCGUGGGGCAGAGGCUACCCCUAGUGGAAAACAGAUAUCUACCUUAAUUAAGCCUGAUUCAGCUGGAUCUAAUAAUCUUGCUCCAGCUGGAGUUCGGCUGCAUCACAGAGCUGUUGUUGUAGCUGCAGAGACUGGUGGAGCUUUAGGUGGCAUGGUCAGACAGCUUUCAAUUGAUCAGUUUGAAAAUGAAGGCAGGCGGGUCAGUUAUGGGACCCCAGAGAGUGCAACUGCUGCUAGAAAACUAUUAGAUCGACAAAUGUCCAUCAAUAGUGUACCCAAAAAGGUCAUAGCAGCACUUCUAAAGCCUCGUGGCUGGAAGCCUCCAGUUCGCCGACAAUUUUUUUUAGAUUGCAAUGAAUUAGCUGAUCUCUGUGACAGUGCUGAGCGGAUAUUUUCAAGUGAACCAAGUGUUUUACAGCUCAAGGCUCCCAUCAAGAUAUUUGGUGAUUUGCAUGGGCAAUUUGGGGAUCUCAUGCGCCUUUUUGAUGAAUAUGGAUCACCUUCAACUGCUGGGGAUAUCGCAUAUAUCGAUUAUCUCUUCUUAGGAGAUUAUGUUGACCGAGGUCAGCAUAGCCUGGAAACCAUUACUCUCCUGCUUGCUUUGAAGGUGGAGUAUCAACACAAUGUACAUUUAAUUCGUGGGAAUCAUGAAGCUGCAGAUAUUAAUGCUCUUUUUGGCUUUCGGAUUGAGUGCAUUGAGCGCAUGGGUGAGAGAGAUGGAAUAUGGGCAUGGCAUCGGAUAAACCGAUUGUUCAAUUGGCUUCCGCUGGCAGCUCUAAUUGAAAAGAAAAUCAUCUGUAUGCAUGGUGGUAUUGGUCGAUCUAUAAAUCAUGUGGAACAGAUUGAGAAUCUUCAGCGUCCAAUUACAAUGGAAGCAGGCUCAAUUGUGCUUAUGGAUUUAUUGUGGUCUGACCCGACAGAAAAUGACAGUGUGGAAGGAUUGCGACCUAAUGCCAGAGGUCCGGGGUUAGUUACUUUUGGGCCUGAUCGUGUCAUGGAAUUCUGCAACAACAAUGAUCUUCAGUUGAUUGUACGAGCACAUGAAUGUGUAAUGGAUGGAUUUGAGCGUUUUGCCCAGGGACAUUUGAUUACACUUUUCUCAGCUACCAACUACUGUGGUACUGCAAAUAAUGCAGGAGCAAUCUUAGUUUUGGGUAGAGAUUUGGUGGUGGUUCCAAAACUUAUUCAUCCCUUGCCACCAGCAGUUUCAUCGCCAGAAAAUUCACCGGAACGUCAUAUAGAAGAUACAUGGAUGCAGGAGCUGAAUGCUAACAGACCUCCAACACCAACUAGAGGCCGUCCUCAAGUAACAAAUGAUCGAGGCUCUCUUGCUUGGAUAUAAUAUAUUGGUCCAAAUUGUUUCCCUAUGUUACUUUCACGCGUAUGCUACCACGUGGGGUUGCAUUUCUGUAUAGAGCAUGAUGACAUAUGACAGGAAUUACCGUACUUGUGAUCUUGGUUCCCUGAAGAAAAUUGGAAGGCUUUCUGAAUUUUGGGUUUCUCGCCACACGGUUGGUGGACCUUAACAUGAAGAUGCGAGUUUGGAGAACCAGGUUGCAGGCGGCUGUAGGUUUUCUUUGAUGUGCUGAAACUUGAAAGUUACAAUAUGGGUCGAGCCCCCCCUUUGUAAAUUGAGCCACAGGCAGGUAGAGGUCAGUCUUGGUUGUUUCUUCCUAUGGGUUGGUAGUGAUGGGUAUUUUUCUCAUUAAUUAUAUUAUUUUUAUUUCUUGUUUUAGGCCUAUUAUUUUUUCUCUUUUUGAGAGGACACGAGGUCUUUAUAUGUGAUGGUGAGAUAUAUAAUCUUUGUGGGCAUCCGUGUAUCAUAGAGGUGUUGCUUGGUGUAUUUUUCAUCUCUGCUUUGUACAAUGUAACUUCUGUGUGAAGAUAAGUAACGUUUUUGCCCGCCACAUGAAAAAUAUGAAGUUUUGGCCAUAGAAUGUUGUAUCUUGUUUUCUAUUGCAAAGAAUUAGAGAUGUAGCUUUAGCUUUAUUUA